AUGUCCAGCACAUCCGUCACCAGCAGGCCUCAGGUGUCCCCCCGGCCGCUGCCCCAGGACCUGAUCUCCAUAGCAACACUCAGAUACCUCGGCUUCGACGAGGAAGCGGCAUGGUUCAUCUGGUGUGACAGAGUCUGUCCGCUAGUCAGGGACGAGCACUCCCUCGACUUCAACGACGAUGUGAACCAGGCAUUCAUCUGCCACAUCAUCGAGCACGUGCAUGAACAUGGCGGCAACACGUGCGAGGACAACGACCAGACAUGGCACGAAAGCAUGGCCGCCUGCGGAAUCGACGUAUGGACUAGAAGGGCCAUCAUGGAUCCCAUCUUCAAAAGGAUUCGUCUCACCCAGUCCUGCCUCUACUGGGUUCGAGACACAAUCCACCACCGGUUUCAGGCCCUCCUGGACGUCCGUGCCGCAGGGGCGCCAUCUACCCCGGGAUAUGACCGGGCAGUCCAGAGUGCCUUGGAAGGCUCCAACGUCCCUCAGGACAGCCAGCCCGCGGAAACGGCCAUGAGCAAGGCUGUCCUGGACGCUGCCGAAAGCUCAUCAGGAUCGUCCGUGGCCCUGUACAAGGGCAUCGACAGAGCGAGCCUCGGCCAUCUCUUCAAGAACAAGCUACACUCGAGCCGCAUCUCCUCCCUCGCCACGAGAGGACCGACAGACGUCUCCCCCACCUCGAGCGCGUACUACUUCUACGUCGACCGGGACAUUGCCGAACAGCAGGCCUGCUACAUCCGACGACGCAGCUUCCUGACCCCCGUCGUCCUUGUCCAAGUGACGAUACAGGAGUCGAUGCUGGAGACUGGGUAUCUGGGUCCGCGUCGCCAGGAGAUGUAUUGGCCCAGCGAGGAGUGGAAAGAGCUUGCUUUGCGAUGGAAAAGGGGUGAGACGCCUUCACCGCCUAUUCUGGCCGAAUAUAUGAAAGCCCAGCUCGUCAUCAUCACGGCUGCGGCAAAGGCGAAUCUCUUCUUUUGCAAGAAUUUGAAGAGGCCGGAUCGGAUUACGGAGGACAUGGUGAUGAAGAAUAAGCAGGGGAAGGAUGCCGUCCAGUACUGCUUCCGGAGAUAUGACGGAGACCACUUCUUGGCGAAGCAUGCUGAGCUGAAGAUGCUGCCUUUUAUGGAGGAGGAGGUGGAGGCGUGGUGCAUUGAGGCUCGGGGGGAGGACGGCUUUCCUUAUGUGCCGUGCGGUGUGGUGCGCCGCAGGUUCGGCAGAGGGCAAAUUCAGCUGUCAUCGUCAUUGAGGUGGAAGAAUUAUUAUGUUUGA